GUUUUUCGCCGAAGCGCCUCGCGAAACGUCCGUAUAAAAUUCUCCAGUGUUGAAUCGUACAUACACCGCAAAACAUGCGUCUGAAACCGGAUUUCCGUACGUUAAGAUGAAGCAGUGUCGAUUAUGUACCAGUUAUAUCGCUCUAUUAUUUUUGGCUGUAUGUUUUAACUCAGAUUCCCGAGGGAUAUUCGUGUCCGGUGACGAUGGAGACUUGCGAACCGUACAUGUGUCGGACAAUACGUCCGAGAACGGAAGUGCACCGGUGGUUGGGGUGCAAGACGCCCCGCUGGAACCCAGCGUCGAUGCGGAAACGUUGAUGCCCGAAAAGAACGGAGAAAAUACGGAAUCAUAUCAUCAGCAGAUUUUCACUGAAGUCGCCAGUCAAAAUUCUGGAAUACCAAAUGAAAUUGUUAACAACGGAGCGCCGGUCGUGCUCACUCUGUCCGACACGGCGACAACGGAGCUGCAACAGAGGGCGGACAUGACUACGUCCCCGCCUACGGUCUCCCCCGGCGGUAACAAUCGUUCGGAGUCCACGUCCGAAACGGAAGCGGACACAGGUUCGCCGCCCCCAACUAUCGACAGGAACGCGACGGCGGAGGAACGGCCGGAGGACAUGCCGUCAUUUUCUGAAUGGGCUCAGAAACGACUCGAGGAGGCGGAACGCAAGGAACAGGUCAAUUCGUCCGUUCAGGGCGACAAGGCGCAGACGGCGUCGAACGGCAAACAAGGAUCCGGCGCCAAGUUGCGGUGGAAGAACUACGCGUCGCUCGACUGCGGCGCCAAGGUUAUCGCCUCGAAUCCCGAGGCGGUAAGUCCGUGGGCGGUGCUAUCGCCGUCCAAGGACGAGUACAAACUGAACACGUGUACCAGUCGGAUUUGGUUCGUCGUCGAAUUGUGCGAGGCGAUACAGGCGAAAAAGAUAGAUCUGGCCAACUACGAAUUGUUCUCGUCGUCGCCGCGAGACUUUGCGGUUACCGUCGCAGACAGGUUUCCGACCAGGGAAUGGACGACUGUCGGACAGUUCACCGCAUUAGACGAGCGGGACGUUCAGAGCUUCGAUCUGGAGCCUCGUAUGUUCGGCAAGUAUAUACGAGUGGAGAUAAAAUCGCAUUACGGCGCCGAGCAUUUCUGUCCCAUUUCCUUGUUCCGGGUGUACGGCACCUCCGUGUUUGAGGUGCUGCAAAAGGACGAUCCGGCUCACGACGACGCCAGAACUGACGAGGACGAUGACGACGACGAGACCGAGGAAGUCGGCGACUCGCCUAAAAACCUGUUCAGCUCCGCCACCGAUGCGGUCAUCUCGAUGGUGAAGAAAGCCGCAGAAGUACUCGGCAACAAACAAAACAAGACUCGUAACAGCUCCGGCAACGACACCCAACGUUACACGCCAUUAGUGCACGCCUGUACCACUCCAAGCCACCUGGUGGUGUGCAACGGAUGCAGCGACACCCUCUUCGGCCGAGUCUUCGAACUACUGAGUUGCAACUCUGCUUACAUCCGCAAUUUGAUUGCGGUGCCUUUUAUAGGAGCCGCUCUUCGUAACUCGGACGUCUGCGAAUCUUACGGUCUGGAUCUGCGCGACAAAACUGCGAACAAAAGUACUUAUGGCUGUGCAGAAUGUGUCAGGUCCUUUUUUCCGGAUCGGUUUUUGGCCGCCAUGUGUAACACCGUCGCUAUUCUCGAUAACAAGGUCGUGCUGAACAUUAGUCAACAAUUCAACAACGUGACGAAAAACGCCUCGGCGGGCGACGAAAUGAUUGUGGACGUUUCGACCACGAAACCUCAAAAUAAAAUCGAAAUGCUAACUAAAGAAGUAGAAUUGCAGGAGGAUGAAACAAUUAAACCGACUGAGCCACUCGUUCUUGACGAAACGGAAACAAAAACCACCACCAUUUCUAGUGACCCUUCAAUAACAUCCCAAAUAAAACCGACAAAAGCAUCAGACGUGGACGUUAACCAUCUAACUGACACCAGCACGGUUUCUGCGUCCAUGGAAAACGAAAUGGUACCUCCCAACCAAUCGGAACAGCAAGUUGCGCCUUCGGAUGUGCCGGAAGUUCCGGAACACUCGCCGUCCGAAUCGUCCGCCUCGCCCGAUAUGAUCGCCUCUUCGCCCGUCGAAUCAACAGUUGGUGUCGUACAGGAUGAUCACAUGGAUAAUUUGCUGUCGGAAUUCAGUGGCGAAACGCACGUAAACAGCGUAAAUCCGACGGCUGCGACGCCUCCUAACGCCCAAAAAGAAUCGGUGUUUCUCCGUUUGUCCAACAGAAUCAAGGCACUGGAGAGAAAUAUGUCGCUGUCCAGUCAGUAUUUGGAAGAACUAAGUCGCAGAUACAAGAAACAAGUGGAAGAAAUGCAGAAACUCCUCGAACGUACCAUUUCAACACUGACGGAGGAAAGUAGAAAGAAGGACGAGCGUAACAAAGAACUGGAAGACCGUCUGGACAACUUGACCAAGUCGGUGGAAAUGUUGCUGGCAGAACGGAAAGGAUGGCCUUCGUUUUUGUGGCCGCUGUUGGUGUGCGCGGUCGCCCUCGGCAUCGCGCUCGCGCUGAGACGCGGCGAAGUUAGUGAGGUGACGCGCAAUGCGGUCAGAAUGGAGAGAAGAAAAUCCAUAGACGUGGUAGGUCACAAUCCGCCCGUCGUCAAGAAAAAACGGAGACCCAGCGAUCAAGCUCUGAAGAUUUACAGGUCGAUUUCGAGCGGCGAGAACGAGAGGAAACUGAAGGAGAGAAAGAAGAGGAAACGUACGAAACCGUUGAAACGGUCGGGGUCGAUGGAAAACCUGAACGGCGAUUGGAUAGAUGACAGGAACCAGAGGAUCGAAGAAGUGCCUUUCGCCUUGGACGAAAUGGAACAUUCCACAUUGGAAGAUUUGCCGGUGCCGUCGGAUUUGGGCAAAAUCGACGUGCCCGAUUUCGUACAGACCGCGGCGAGUGCGAGACUGAGUCGUUCUAGUCAAAAUACGGAGUCGGAGGAGAAAAUGAUGAAAGGAAAAAAGUCCAAGAGUUUGGACGAGAGCAACAAUAAAAUUGUUAUUCAGGCAUUCAACGGAAACGGCACUGCUAACAGUAGUUCGGAUGAGACGCCCAAAAAGGAACGGAAAGGCUUCAAGAAGCUGUUGAAAAAAGUGUUUUGAAAAAAUGUGGCGUUUUUAAGGGUAAUAAAUUCAAAGUAUAUUUUAUUUGUACAUAAUUUCUAUUUAUUGAGGCCAAACUGUUUUGUUUUCUUUUUGGUGGUACAGUCAGAUGAGAGACUGAUUAGUGUAGAGAAUUUACCUUUAAAAAUACCUUACUUUAGGAAUCAUAUUUUUUUUAUCUCAAAUAUUUUACAAAUGUACCUCCUAUUCAUAGAUAGUAAGUCCAAUUAAUUUUAUAUUUGUGUGUGUGUGUGUGUGUGUGUAUGUAUGAGUGUGCGUUGACUUAUUUAUUUUUACGUAUCAAUCAGUCCGUUUGUAAAAUAUUUGCCAAUCUAUUGUGUUCUAUAUAUAUUGAAAUUCCUGUUUGGUAUGCUGUGAUAAAAGAUAUUUUUUUUUUAUUAAUUUAUCAUUAUAAGUCGGUGAAAUUAGACGAAUUGUUUGUUAAACGUAUGUAUUAAAAUGCAGUUGAAAAUUGCUUUAAAUAUAGAACAUUUACCGUUAAUUUUUAUUUACUUAUGUACUUUACAUAAUCGUAAGCACUGGAAAAGAUUCGAGAGACAUGAAAUAUCUUAAGAAUAAAACACUAAACAGUA